AUGGCAGGAACAGGAGUUCCGCCAAUCAACAUCGAGGGCACCGCUGAUUGGUCAUCCUUGAGUAGGAUGAUGAACAGCAAGGGGAUUCAAUUCUCCAAAGCGAGGACGGCGGGUACCAGUGUGAAGGUAUUCACAAAUUCACCAGCUGACUACCGUCAGCUAGUCGCACUGCUUGAAUCCAUCAAGCGGCCCUUCUUCACAUAUCAACUGAAGGAGGACAGGAUGGACCAGAGGGUCAUUCGUGGGCUUCCGAGAGAGAUGUCAGUCAAUGACAUCAAAGAGGAUCUGGUGAGCCAAGGCAUCGCAGACGCCGUGGUUCAGCAGCUGACCUCAAGGACCACAAAGAAGCCACUUCCGCUCUUCCUCGUCAAGACGAAGAUGCCGGAAAAGCUUGCAGAGAUCCAGAGGCUGGCCAUGCUCACGGUCAGCUUCGAGAGGAAGAAAAAGUCUUCCGAGCCCAGCCAGUGCUACCGCUGCCAGCGGUACGGGCACACACAGCGGAACUGCCGUCUCGCUGAACGGUGCGUUAAGUGUGGAGAGGACCACAACAGCACCAGCUGCAGUCUGCCAGCGCCGCCAACAGGGCAACGAAACGCCAAGUGUUGCCUCUGUGGAGAAGGCCACCCCGCCAACUACAAGGGAUGUAGUAAGGCGCCGAAGAAAGCUGCUUCUGCCCCCAAAGCAGUCCCCACCACAAAUAGGACUUCUUACGCCCAAAAAGUGAAGAAGCCUAUGUCCACUUCUGCCCCAGCAGCCGCCACUGCUACUGGAACUACUGCGCAGAAGCAACACGGCGAUGACAGACUGCUAGCAAUGAUGCAAGCCAUCAUAACCCGCCUGGAUGCACUCGAGGCCAAGAUGCAAGACAAGCACUAG